AUGGACCGAAGAAGUUUCGAAGAGCUGCUAGACGAAUCCCUGCUGGUCUUUCGCCAGCAGCUUCUGGAGUCCUUCCCUGCUUCCGCCGAGCUGGAGCUGCCAGCAGACAGUGGAAAGCAGGAAGACAUCGAAGCCCCGGCUGCUGAGAACCCAGGGGGCGGAACGGAGAGUUUGAGCGUUCGGCGGCCGGACUUCCAAAUCCAAGAGUUGGAGUCCUUCGAGCUAAACCUGGAACAUGCCACUGGCACGAACAGCGUCGCAUCCAUGUGGUCCGGAACCUCUGAUCCGACAGAGCCAGCAUCGCCAGUUCUGAAGAUGGCGGCACCGUACCUCACAUCGAGGCUCAAUGGCCUCAGUGACGCGGAGGCCCAGGCGGUCAGAAGGAGACUGAGGCUGCGCUUGGGAAUCCUCUCCCCCAGCAGCCUGGUGACGGGGAAGGCGCUUCAUGACGCUGUAAACGCCCUGGGCCUCACCAGGUACAAGCUAGAGGAUAUGAACUCCAUCGUGAACUUGACAUCAGACUUCAUCGAUCUGAAGUUCCAGGAGGUCCGAGGGCGAAGGAUGAGCCUGAGCUCCACCGCAAGUCCUCGCAGCAAGUACGGGCGGCCCAUCUGGAAAUGGCCGCCCUACCGAGAAUCGAUGGUGAUGCGACGAGCCUCUUCGGAACGGUUUGGCUUCAAUGUUUUAUCGCGAUGUAUGGUAGCUCGGAAGCAGCAGCAGUAG